AUGAUUCAAACAGACAUUGCUAAAACCUCGGAGCUGUGUAAAUCAGUUGAAGUGGUACUUCUCAGUGGAAAAGCUGAUAUAUUCGGCCAUCUCAAUCAUAUCACUAUUCCUGAAAUUUGGGCAAACAUAUUUUCCUUUCUUAGUUUUGUUGAUUUUCUCAAGGUAGCAAGAGUUUGCAAGUUGUGGAAACAAGCAUCUGAACUUCCUUUUGCCUUGUCUUCCAUGGAUCUCAGCCCAAACAAGAUGAAUUUUAAGUAUUUAUCUCGACUUGAAGUUAUUUCCAAGUAUUUUAAGGAGAAGUUCAAUACUCUGUCUGUUGAUUAUAGUAGCCUGGAUUUCAUUACACAACACCUGAUUAGGCAUCAACGUCCAAAAAGAUUGCUUAAUUUUGACAAGUCCUAUAGCGUGGACUUAAAUAUUAACCCAGAUAUCAGAACCACAACUUUGAAUUUAAUUUUAGGUAGAGGUGGUGUUCUUUCUUGUGAUCUCCAAAUCGCAGAGCCAAAAGAUAACUUUGACCCAAAGUACUUUCAAUCUCUUGAACUAUUUCCAAAUUUAAAAUACUUGUCCCUGUCAUUAGAAUCAUUUGCUUCAACCACAUCCCUCUCCCAACACUUACCAGCAGGACUUGAGUUUCUGGAAGUUGAGGUUAGGGUGAGUAAUUAUGAAGAACACGAAAAGACUCUCCAGACCAUGAACCCAAAUAUUAUAUGUGCUCUUAACGAUAGAUGA